AUGUCAGACGAUAAGAUGCUCAAAAAAGUUGAGAAGUGCGUGAGGAUGUUGAAACACGAGAAUAAGAUUGGUUACGCACUGCAACGAUUGGCAAAGAUUGAUAUGACUGUGGAUGUUCUCUCAAAGACUCACGUCAGAUUGGCAGUAAGCGCCUUGACGAUGAAUCAGACAUACUGCGCCGAAGCUCGUGAACUCCUUCAGAGAUGGAAGUCUGUGGCGCGUAAUGCUCGUAUCAAAGAAAAAAGUGUUGGGCCUCUCUUGCACAGUUCAGCUGAAGAAAUCAAUCCCCCCGGAAAAACGGAAUGUCAACUGGCCGAUAAUGGUGACGAUGACGCUGAAAAAGAAAACGGGCAUGAGCAUUUGGAAACGAAGGGCGAGGAAUACUGGGAAAAUUAUGUGAAAGCUGCAUUCCCGAGGUGUAACAGGAAGGAUGGCGAAAGCUGGAGCGAGUGUUGUGAGCGUUUGAAAGCGGAAAGAGAGCAGAAACGGGCGGCAAUUACGAGCAGAAUCCAGCAAGGCAUUGUUGCGAGAGAAGCUGCAAUGAGAAGGGCCGUGCUUAUCGAUGCAAUACCGCCAAAUAGCUAUCUAAAAGGAAAAGCAGGCGAAAGAGGCGAAGCGGUUUCGGCGAACUUCCGUACAGUACGAGGCAUCGCUGCUCCGUCCAGUUCGUGCAGGAAGCAGAAGAAAGAAGUGGCGCCCCUGAUGAAGAAAACUUUAAAAAUGCUUGGUAUCAAACAAAAAAGAGGAGGGCGCUGA